AUGUCAUCUGUAGUGGCUGCUUCGCAGAAUAAGGUCAACGAGCUGCUGGAGGCUAUAAGACAGGAGUUCUCGCAGGUUUCGCAGGAGGCAAAUAGCUAUCGAUUACAGAAUCAGAAGGACUAUGAUUUCAAGAUAAACCAGCAGCUUGCAGAGAUGCAGCAGAUAAGAAAUACGGUGUAUGAGCUGGAAUUGACGCAUAGGAAGAUGAAGGAUGCGUAUGAGGAGGAAAUCAACAGGCUGAAAAUUGAGCUGGAGCAGCGGGACAGACAGGUAGCCUCUUUUACAGCACAUCACCAGCAGGCGCAGCAGGUGCAGCAGGCACAGCGUCCGGGGGUGCCACCUAGCACAGCUGUUGCUUCAAGUAGCGCUUUUGGAGGCUCGUCGUUGCCUCCUACAGGCCUGGGACAGCAGGCUGCAUCGGUCUCAGGCGUUCAACCGGGCGUUUCGGCGGAGGUUAAGCAGUCUCCGCCGGUUGUGGUUGCUCCUGCUGUAGCGGUCGCUGGCGAGAAGGCAGCUACUGAGCCACAGGCUCAAGCUGUUGCGGCCACUGCUUCGCAGAAUGCAGCCGCCCCGGCAGCAGCCGAGACGGCGCAAGCACUACCGCCAAACGGGGCUUCUCCAGUGCCUUCGCAGGCUACUCCGAGCACGUCACCGGAAGGAACGCGACAGGCGCAUGAAGGUGAACAGCCAGCGGCGCAACAGGAACACUAUCUUGUUCCUUACAAGGUUCGUGCUAGCCAUACAAAGCCUAUUCCUCCAUUUUUAUUGGACUUGGACUCCCAGACGGUGCCUUCUCAUUUAAAGAAACAGACCAAUGACUACUACAUACUGUACAAUCCGGCGUUGCCACGUGAACUGGACGUCGAAUUGCAUUGUUCGUUGGAUCAUUCCUCCGUCGUGUGCUGCGUCCGAUUCAGCAAUGAUGGCGAAUUCUUAGCCACGGGGUGCAACAAGACCACCCAAGUUUUCAGAGUCUCCGAUGGCAGCUUGGUCGCAAGGCUCUCAGACGACGCUGCUUCGCAACCUGGUAAUGCACCUGUUGGUACUGGCGGCGCGGAGGACUCCAGUGAUUCAAACUCUUUUGCGACUUCUAAAACAGCUUCGUCCGAUCUUUAUAUUCGUUCCGUGUGUUUCUCACCCGAUGGCAAAUUUUUGGCCACUGGUGCCGAGGAUAGAUUGAUCAGAAUCUGGGACAUUGCCAAGAAACAGAUUGUUAUGGUGCUGCAAGGUCAUGAACAGGAUAUUUACUCUCUAGACUACUUCCCAUCCGGAGAAAAACUAGUCUCAGGUUCAGGAGAUAGAACAGUUAGAAUCUGGGACUUGCGUACAGGUCAAUGCUCGUUGACUUUGUCGAUAGAAGAUGGUGUUACUACUGUAGCAGUGUCCCCUGGAGACGGUAAAUUCAUCGCGGCCGGAUCCUUAGAUCGGGCAGUUCGCGUAUGGGAUUCUAACACCGGGUUCCUUGUUGAGAGACUAGACUCCGAGAACGAACUCGGGACAGGCCAUAAAGACUCUGUUUACAGUGUCGUAUUCACCAGGGACGGCAACGGGGUUGUCUCAGGAUCUCUUGAUAGAUCCGUCAAACUUUGGAAUCUGAGAGGUGGCAGCAAUGACAAUAACGGAAAGCCUACACCAGGAACCUGUGAAGUUACCUACACUGGACACAAGGACUUCGUUCUCUCCGUUGCCACAACACAAAAUGAUGAAUUCAUACUUUCUGGUUCCAAAGAUCGUGGAGUUUUAUUCUGGGCCACGAAAUCCGGAAAUCCACUAUUGAUGCUGCAGGGUCACAGAAACUCGGUUAUUUCUGUUGCAGUCGCUAAUGGAUUCCCAUUAGGUCCUCAGUAUGGUGUUUUCGCUACGGGUAGCGGAGAUUGCAAGGCUAGGAUUUGGAAAUACACAAAAAUUGAUGCCGGUUCUGACUCUAAUAAGAUUAAAGAAGUCAAGGAAUGA